AAGUGAACAGCUGUUCGAAUUUCAGCGGCAUAUAAUUUUAUAAACUUUUUCAAUUAUUUUUAAUAAAAAGAUGGUGAAAACUAAAGGGAAUACCAAUAAAUUUGGCAUGCAUCCUCGCAAUGUCUUACGCCAGGCACCAGACUACACCAAAUUGGCCAUUAAAUACAAGGAUUUUCGCAAAGAGUGUGAAUUGGAGCUUAAUGGCAAAGUCUUUGUGGAUUUUCGCAAUGAACAAACUUUGCGAGAGCUAACAAAAAUGCUGCUUAAGGAGUACUUCGAUUUAGAAGUAGAUUUUGCACCUGGCAGCCUGGUGCCCACAUUGGCGCUACGUUUAAAUUACAUUUUAUGGGUGGAGGAUCUACUGGAACCCCUGAAAUUACAGGAAAUACGGGGAAUAGAUAUAGGUUGCGGUUCGUCGUGCAUUUAUUCUUUACUGGGAGCUAAGAAAAAUGGUUGGCACAUGUUGGCCCUAGAAUCGAAACUCCAAAAUAUAGAAUACGCCAGAGAGAAUGUGAAGAGAAACCAACUAGAAGCUCUUAUAGAAGUCUAUGGUCAACCAGAUAAAACUAAUAUAUUUAAAAGCUAUUUUGAUAAAGAUAAACAAGAGCUGCAGUACCACUUUUGCCUCUGCAAUCCACCUUUCUUCGAUUCAAACUUGCCAAAUCCCUUUGGAAGUAAUACCCGUAAUCCUGAAAGACGUCCGGCACCCAAUAAUGCCAGAACUGGAAGCCAAGAGGAACUCACUUGCGCAGGUGGCGAAGUGAAAUUUGUGCAACGCAUAAUCGACGAGAGUCUGGAAAACAAGCAGCGCGUACGAAUCUUCACCACAAUGUUGGGUGUCAAGGCCAACGUGCCAAAGGUACUGGACUACCUGAAGGAGCGGCAGGUGGCAAAUGUCAGCACUACGGAAUUCCAUCAGGGACACACCACAAGGUGGGCGGUGGCCUGGAGUUUUCAUUCGCCGCUAAGCCAGGAGACGUGUAAGGAACGUGUAAUUGAGUUACCCUAAGUCCUAAGAGCUGUUUGCUGGGAAGAAAAGGUUUUCAUAAGUUUUUUUUUUAAAUUUCUAUGAGUAUUAAUAAUAAACCAAAAACUAAAGUA